CAACAAUAAUUUUUCUUCUUCUUUUGUUGCAAACAUAAAUGAUAAAGUUGAAUGAAUAGAUUUAAAACAAUUUUCAGACUUUAAUGGUUGUUAGAUCCUUUAACAGAGGGAUAGUGCCAAAGAAAUUCUUCUAAAAUGAAUAAUUGUGAUCAAAGUUCAAGCAAAAAAAAGGGAAGAAAAGGUGGAAAUGGAGGCUGACUUUGAUAUAAUAAAACUAAAAACAGAUUUCCAUUCUACAUCCUCAAAUUCAGAAUCUUCAAUCAACAAAAAUAAACCUUCAAGAACCAAAAUGAAAAGUGACAAAAAAAUAAAACUGUACGUCUGUCCUGAAUGUGAUGUAGAGUUACCCUCCCAUGCAUCUCUGAGACGUCAUAUGAAAAUCCAUUCUUCUGACACAAGUGUUCAUUGUACCAAAUGUUUUGAAGUUUUUGCGCAAAGAUCAGGUUUAAAGCGACAUGAGUGUAUUAUGGUACGGAAAACAUUCUCCUGUAACGAAAUAGGCUGUUCAAGAACAUUCACUGGCAUUCGUCACUUAAAACAACACCAGAGGAGCCAUGUUAGCGACACCAGUUUGAAAUGUAGUCACUGCUCCGAACAAUUUCUUAAAAAGUCCCAGCUAAAACAUCACAUCAAAAAACACUCUGAUGUCAGGAAUUUUCAGUGUGCACAAUGCGGUAAAAUGUUUCGGUUUAAAUCAAAUUUGACCUCGCAUAUGAACAGCCAUAAUGGAAUUAAACCUUAUAACUGUGAAUUUUGUAGCAAAGCAUUUCAAAGUUUAAGCGAACAAAGAAUUCAUCAUAGAAUUCACUCAGGAGACAAGCCAUGCAUGUGUGAAAUUUGUGGACAGUGUUUUAUAUCCAAUUCUGCACUAAACAGACAUAAAAGAAUGCACCAUAUGAAACAACCUCGACUUACUUGUAAGAUAUGCAAGAAGCAGUAUUCUACGAAAAGAUUUUAUGAAGAUCACAUGAAAAUUCACAGUGGAGAGCGGGACUUUGUUUGUGAAUAUCCAGGUUGUAAUAAAAGUUUCUAUCAUUGUCGUGGUCUAAAUUCCCAUAUCAUUGUUUAUCAUGCUCGUGAAGAACGCAAUAAGUUCUCUUGUCCAACUUGUGGAAAGCAGUGUUUAUCCCCAAGUAAACUUGAAGAACACAUGGUAAACCAUACAGGAUUAAAGCCUUUCGUGUGUUCAGAAGAAAACUGUUCUAAAACCUUUGCUACUAAGACUGGUUUGCAGCGCCAUUUAUUCAUACACAAGGGAGUUAAGCCAUUUCAGUGUGAAGAAUGUGGUCAUAAAUUUACUUUUAAAAGUCAUUACAACCAUCAUAAAGAGAGCCACCAUUUCCUCCAACAGUAUCAGUGCACCAAAUGCGACACCACAGCCACAAAAGUAACUCAGUUAAAAAAGCACUGCCUGAAACAUCACUUUGGAAUUCAAUGGAAGAAAAAUAUUUUUCGUUCAUUGGAUGUAAGGAUUGUUAAUGAAGUCAAUAAGUGUAUCAAAAAGCUAAUCAAACCGGCAGCCACCUCUUUAAUUACGAGUUCUACUUCAAAGAUGACAAACCAAGCCAACGGAUUUGAGAGUACUUUAGAACAACAACCUGUUAAGACACUUCCUAUUGAUAAUGCCACUCCAGUGAUAGAAGGUUUGGAAAAAAAUGAAAAUUUAUUAGAAGAAGAACUGCACUUAACUGCAGUAAAAAAUAAAAACGUACAUUGGCUGGGAAAAAACAAAGAAAAAAACAAAGAUUUACUGCAAAGUCUUCUGUCUGUAAACCUGGAGAGAAAUGAUAAUUUACUUGAAGAACACUUAAAUAUGGAAAUUGAAAGACUGAAAAAUAAAGCGACCCAAUCUGAAGAUGUUGCAUUUCUGGAGACUGGGAUAAUUGGCAACAUUGAAAAAAAAGAUGAAGAACAAUUAUCUCAUAUUUAUAUAAUUGACAAAAAUCCAGUUCAGGUCCCUUCUUUACCUGUCAGCAAUCCAGUCACAAUGCAGUCUGUGAAGAACCAGCCAUUGAUAACCAAACCUGUAGAGACCCAGUCUCUGAAGAACCAGACUGUAAUGAUGAAUCCUCUGGAUAACCAGUCUCUGAAGAACCAGCCCUUCCUGACCAAACCUGUGGAGACUCAGUCUUUCAAGACAAAAACUACAAAGGUUGCUUCAGAACAGCUGAACUCUGCCUCACUUCAGGUAGUUAAGGACCAGCCCGUAAAAUGUACUAUUACCGAGCCCCACAAAUCAAACCCUGUUGAGGUUAAAUUAGUUAUGAUAGCGCCAGUAGAAUCUCAGUCUUCUGAGACUGGGUCCGUUGAGACAAAAUCUUCAAAUUCCCAGUCAAUCGUAGAGAAACCAGCCCAGUUUGUUGAAGACCUGCCUGUUGAUACCCAUAACUUUAAAAGAAAACAUUUGGAAACCCAGUCCUCCAAGACCAAGUAUGUUUUGGAACAUCCCGUUGAGACUAAAACUAUUGAGAGCCAGCAUAUCAAAGUCAAGUCCAUGGAACUUGAGACACAGCCUGCUGAAACCAAAUUUGAAGAGUGUCAAUCGAUCGAGACCGAGUCUAUCAUUACUCCUCAUUUUGAGCCAAAGUCUGUUGAAGUUCAGUUUGUGGAGGUCAGUCCUCAUCCCCCCAAUCCUGUUGAGAUCCUUUCACCCAGUACCUUGCCUCCGGGAACUGAGAGUAUCGAGGUUCAGAAAGACUGCACCACCACUGUUUUUAUGAAAGAACAAGUAGUGGAAUUUGUUCAUGAGGCAGAGCAGCUUGAUCUACUAGAAGCAACAGAAGAUUAUGAUGUACCGUUCUAUACCGAAACAAUCGUCACUUCAGAUGCUAUAGCAGACACCCAGUCGAAUCCCAUGGAUUCAAAAGACUUAGUCAUGCCUAUUUCAAUAAACAAUCCUGAAGUUGGUGGUAAACCCCUAGACUUAUUUCUAGAAGAAGAUGAUCAUUCUUAUACUGAAAUCUUCUGCUCUCCGGAGAUGGAUGAGAUUCGGUCUUUACCAGAAUCUGUUGCACCACAUAAUGUUGUGCACAGUAAUCUGUUUCUCUCUCAUAGGGUCACAGAGAGGAUACACAUUAAUCAUCCAACUAAGGGAACCAUCAAAAUAUCAAAAAUGCGUCCGAUUAAAACUGAGGAAGUGGGAGAAAACACCGAGGUUGACGAGACCAUUGUUAUAUCUGUAUCUGGUGUUUUUGAAGGUAAUGAAGUAGAUCGGGACAAUGAACAAGACAUCACCAAAAUAAACAUAAAAAAUGAUGACGAAUUUAUGAGUGUUCUUAAAAAGAUGAAUGUUCCAGUUCAUGAGCUUGAUAAACUGCAUCUGCCUUAUGAAAAAGAUUCAAAAUCUAUCUCGGGAUCACUCUUUUGUCAGGAUUGUGGAAAAUUCUUUAAGAGUGAACAAACCCUGAAAAAGCACAAAAAGCUUCACAUUGAGCGACAGCAAUUAACUUGUUUAAAAUGUGAUAGAAAAUUUGCAGAUAAAGCAGCGUUAUCGCUUCACAAACGAACUUCUCAUGUUGUUAAAGACAAAAAGUGUUCGCAGUGUGGUAAAUGCUUUCAAUAUAACAAUCAGCUCCUUGAACACAUGGACGCCCAUUUAGAAGGAAAACGCUUUAUGUGUGCUUCUUGUGGAGAAAGCUUUAAAACUAAAUUAGGGCUUCAAGGACACAAAAUAUCUCACCACAAAAUCAGCGUCAAGGAAAGUAGCCGCCAAAUAUAUGUUUGUGAAAUCUGUGGAAAUCUGUUAAGAGCGAAAACAGCUUACGAAGACCACAUGAACAUCCAUGCGGAAAAUCCCAUCCAAUAUCAAUGCCAAUUUCGAGAAUGCAACAAAACAUUUUUGACGCUAAAAAGUUACAAGGCUCAUGGAAAAUGUCACCAGGAGAAAAAACGCUUUGCUUGUUCAGUUUGUAGCAAAUCUUUUAUGUUUAAAGCCAAAUUGGAUGAACACAUGACAAAACAUACGGGUAUCAAGCGAUUUGCCUGCACGUUUCCUGGCUGCGAUACUAAACUUGGAACGCGCACGGGACUUGAAAGACAUUUAAUUCUACAUUCUGGAGUGAAAAAAUUCUUCUGUAAAAAUUGUGGAAAGUCUUUUGCAUUUUUGGGCCAUUUGAAUGCUCACGUUGCCAGUCAUUCGGGUGAAAAGCGCCACUGGUGUAAGGUUUGUGGAAAGGGUUUCACUCGGACUGGCGGUUUAAAUAAGCAUCUGAGGUUGAAAAAUGGCUGUUCUAGAUCUGAAAAUGCCGACACUAUAGCUAUAGCAACACAAGGUUUAGUAGAGUUGUGUGCCCAAUGAUAAACUUACAUGUAUGAUCAACCUUUAUUAAAACUGGAGGACAAUCUCACCACACACAAACAUUCAAAUUAAUGAACAAAAAUAGUACUAUUAAAUAAGGUGAAUGGCUCACGGGCCGGCCGUUAGCAUUGACUUUGAGCUGUUUUUCUUUGGUAAUUCUAAAAAUGACAUAAUGUCACACAUAGCUCUUAAAUAUUACAGGGGCCGAGUGCAAACGGUGAUUGAUAUUUUUUUAACAAAAAAACUAUACAGUCUUCUCAUCGUGUCAUGUAAUCGUUCAAAACAAAUCAGAACGAUUACAUGACACGAUGAGUAACCCGAACUUACAUGUACGUCUGACACGGAAUACUGGAGAUUGCUUUAGGUGUUUGUCCGAGAAAAAAAUCGAUUUUGAUUUUUAGCUUUGGCAUCAGGGACUGUUUUGGAAACCUCCAGGAUAAAAUAACUCUUUGGAUGUGGUCAAAACAGUCCCGUUUUUGGUACCGGGACAUAGGGAGAUCUUGUGUUUCAGCUAAGAUUUAUUCACUUCAAACUUGAAUUACUGAAUAUUUACUGUUGGAAUGAAUAAGUAAUCGUUUAUAUACACGGCUGGCAAAAUUUGAUAAGAAUAACAUAUUUUAUAGGAGGCCCCAUUACACACCAGGAUAUUUUAGUAUUGGUGCUUUUUUUGUGAAUUUUGGGAGGUAUUUUUCUAUUAAUGAAUAGCUGAGAUUUGGGAGUGCUACUACAUGUAUAUGUAAUCACCGACAAGGACCGACAAGGAAAGAUAUGUUAUAGAUAUCCAAAAAUUGACAAAAUUAUUAUCUUGCGACAUGAAAACCUCCCAACGUUCUAGUUGGUGACUACUGACACCAUUUUUUUUUCAAAAUUUCAAUUAUCCAUAAUCUUGUAAAUUUUGAUGAUAUUAUGAUAUGAUUUGUAUAAUGUGCACAUCUGUCCUUGUCGGUCAAUUUUUGCGGUACUUUGAGCUUUAAUGACCAAAAGGAACGCCAUUGUCAAUGUUCCUACAGAUUGAUCUUUAUCUUUGUUACGUCAGUUUCGUCUUCCACAAAUUUAACGGUACCCAGUUGUAGCUGGUACACACUCAGUGGAGUCUUUAACUAAAUUCAGAUUGUACGUGUAUUUAUCUACCUAAGUAUACAAUUUGUUAUUUAUUUUGUUUUUGAAUAAAAUGUUUGUUAAAUAUU